GAUAAAACGCAGAUAUGUUAUCCUCGAAUCGGCGAACGCCAGGAAUGAACGGCGAACUUAAUUUUCGUCAUCGUAACGCCACUCUCUCGUCUACUGGCAGCUGCGCAUGCGACCCACGUUCCUUCGUGACCUUUUCAUUUCUGGCGUCAGCCUCACUAUGAGCGAAACUCCGUAACUUAUGGCGAAAUCAGCGCUGCUUGAGGAUUGUUUGGUCAUUGGGUACAGCCUUCUAUCUCCUCGAGGUAUAUAAGCCGGUCAACCUUCGACGAAGUUCUGCAGUCCAAGUUCCCUCCUCACUUGAACCGUUUCCUCAAAUAACACAAGAAAUUGCGAUGGCUGGAAAGACACCCAGGAACCCAACCGCUGCUAGCAGAAACCCAACGACCGAGAUAAAGGGCGGUGCGCCUCCCAAGGCUGCUCGUGCGCCCGCUGCAGCAAGUGGUGCCAAGAAGGUAGCGACAGAAACGCCCGCGAAGACUGCUGGAGGUGCUAAGGCCCCCACAGCCAAGGCCUCAAAGAAGUGAAGAGGGUAGAUUAGACGAUGCUGAAUGAGGAUGGAGUCAAUUUCGCCGCACAGGUAGCUUUAUACCCUUUCUGUUUCUGAAGCGCUACCUGGAUAGAUCCCAUUUUUUCUCGUCCCCAAUAUGUAAAUAUGAUAU